CGCGCGAAUACGGUCGCUUCAAAAUAAAGAGCGCGCUUGUGCGCGAGAAUAAUAAUAAUACCGGGUCGACGAAAAUACCACUAAACAAAUAACAACAGCUCCAUAGCGAAAUAAACGAGUAAAUACGACAAAAAAAAAAAACAAAACAAAGCGGCGAAGAAGGCCAAGAAGAAAAGCUCUGGUUCUCAGCGUGCGCGAGUGUGAGUGUGUCCGGUGUCCGUGUGGCUUUCGCGGGCGUCUGUGUGUGUUUUGUGCGUAAUUGUGUGCGUGUGUGCCAAAGCCAAGAAUCAAAGUGCAAAGCGAAAUUGAAUAAUUUCCCCAUCUUUCUCUCUGUCUCUCUCUAUCGCAGAGUGUGUAACCAAAAUACCCGAAAAAUAUCAGAGCUGAUAAAGGCCAAAAAGUGAGAUAGUAAACAAGAGGGCUGGCUUCAGAGGGCCAAAACAAAAACAAGCCAAUGUCUUGGCUUACGUAACAACGCAUCCCUGCGAAUCGAAUGAGAAACAAAGCAAAUUGAAUCUGACACAAGAAAGUAGCCAUGCAAUUUCAGAGAGAAUUCUAAAAGCACCUCCGUUUCCGCACUCUCUUUCUCCUCCGCAAUUUCCCCAAUCUGUUUUUUUUUAUUCGCCGAUUGAACGUAGCGAAAUGUCAACCGCCACAAUAACAACAACGGUGCCUGCCGCCCCCUCGAAGUCGGCACCACCCACUCCAACAACAACAAACGCACGCACCGCCGACUGCCGCAAAUUCACGCCGAACAUUUUCAACAAGAGCAAGUGCAGCCACUGCUUUCGCCAGCGGGAGGAGCACUCCGCCGCCGCCUUGGAAUGCAAUAGGCGAACCUCGUCGAAUCUGGCAGAACCAGCUUCGCGAAAGGUCUCCAAAUGCGGAUAUCUAUUUGUGGCGCCAGAUUGGGACUUCAGCAAUCCAUUGUACAGAACAAAGCGCUGGCAGAGAAGGUGGUUUGUUCUCUAUGACGAUGGCGAGCUGACGUAUUCGGUUGAUGAUUAUCCCGAGACCAUACCGCAGGCAUGCGUCGACAUGACCAAAGUGCUGGAGGUGACCGGCGCCGUGGAGGUGACAGGUCACCCCAACUCCAUCGCCAUAACCGCCCCCGAGCGAGUGACCUUUGUGAAGGGAACCAGUUCGGAGGAGUCCCAGUGGUGGCUCAACAUCCUGGCCGCCUUCCCCAAGUCGAAGGGUCGCCACAAGAGGAGCGCCACCCUGCCCGGUGGUCAAGUGGUUGGCAGUCUACGUCAGUCUAAUAAUGGCGACCUAACACUCUCCACCAAGUUGGGCAAUCGGCACAGCUCCUACCACAAGGACACCCUCACGUCCUCGCAGUCAGCGGGAAAUCUUCUGAGCACCCUGGAUUUGGGACCCAGCUCCACGAAGACGGGAGGAUCACCACUGACCACCACCCAAACUGCCCUCGCCGAUGACGAGGAGGACGACGGGGUGGAGACUGGCGAGGAUGUGGACGAGGAUGACGAGUUGGAUGAGGCGGUGCCCAGGAAGUCGAAGACUGUCAGCAUUGGCGGCCAGGACGAGAACAAUCGGAAUGCCGGCAACGAGAUCACAAAUCGGGUUUCCCAGCCCAAUACCUGCCUGCUGAUAGAGGACAUUCGGCGCGAUGAGAAGACGAUCAAGGACAUCGCGAACACCAUUACGAAUCUGAGUCAGCAGCAGAACAAACGCUGGUCCACGGCGGUGAACAAUGCCCUGAACAACCAGCACCACUUCAGCCAUCACAGCCAGUACCAAGUGACAUCCAGGGAUGAGACGGACUUCCAGACUUCCAGCAAAUCCCAAAAUCCAGCCAGCGAGCGUCCCAAAUCCCUGCCCCUGGCCUCCAACUCCACGCCUGCGAUUGUCUCAGCCAUAGUCAAGAAGAUACCCACGGUUAUGGAGCAGGGUGACAAGACUAAGCCCACUGCCAGACUCCAGUUACAUCUAAAGUCCCCCAAACAUUACCAACACGAGCGAGGCGAUCCUGAUGGCGGAUGCAAUCUGGACGAGCUGUGCGUUAACUACAUGGCCAAAACGGAUGAGCUGCGAUCGGUGGGCAAGGCAAACAGUAAGUCAACUUCUGGUCAGGGCAAACCCCCGGUUAAGGCCACGGCAGAGGAAUCGCUGAAUGCCAAGAAGGGUUGGUUGAUGAAACAGGAUAAUCGAACGGGCGAAUGGUCCAAACAUUGGUUUACUCUCAGUGGGGCGGCCUUGUUUUACUACAGAGAUCCCUUGUGCGAGGAGAGGGGAGUUCUCGAUGGAGUCCUGGAUGUCAAUAGUUUAACCAGCGUUUUGGCUGAACCGGCGGCCAGUAAACAGCAUGCCUUCCAGCUGACCACUUGGGACAAACAGCGUUUGGUUUUGGCCAGCUUGUCGCCAAGUUCGAGGAACAGCUGGCUGGCAGUCCUGAGAAGUGCAGCAGGAUUGCCUCAGGUGGAUACGCCUCCUAAACAGACGGAUAUCGAACAGGACUUCAUCAAGGCACAGAUGCAACAGCCUGCCUCGAGUCCUGCCACUCCAGGAACUCCGGCGGGUCCGCACUUCUCCUCAGAUGAGGAGUACAGAACUGCUUCUGAGGGUGGGAGAAGGGAUAGUUUGGACUGGGGAUCUCCCCUGUCACCUUCACCACCUGUCCUCAGGAGUUGCCUGCGCAAUCGCAGCCUGGCCAGUUUGCACAAAAGGAGUCGCAGUUCGCCACCAAGUUCCAGGCGCAGCACAGUGGACAGUGUGGCCAGUGAUGAGCUACCAUUACUGGUAGUUCCUGAGGAACUGCAGCCCACGGAGAGCAGGGAGCUCAAGCAGCAAUGUGAGACUUUAAGGGCAGAGGCUUCGCUGAGGGAAGCUCGCAUGUCGGAGCUACUGGCCACCCUGCAAAGAACCGAGCAGCAAUUGACUGCCAGGCUACAGGAACAGCAGCAGCAACUGAACACCGAACUCAGCCAGGCCAAGCAGAGUGCCUCCGAGCUGAUGCACAACCUGGGAUUGCAGCUGACCGACAGUCAGUGCCAGAUCAAGCAGCUGGAGGAUCGGCUGGCCCAGGGCAUCGAGGAGAACGAGGGUCUCUACAAGCGUUUGCGGGAGCUGCAGGCCCAGGAUCAUGGAGGCGGCGGUGGUGGAGGAGGAGCACUGAGCAACCUGCAGCGUCACAAAAUCAAGCGAAUGGACUCCCUGAGCGAUCUGACCACCAUCAGUGAUAUAGAUCCCUACUGCCUGCAAAGGGAUUCCCUGGCCGAGGAGUACAAUGAGCUGAGAUCGCGCUUCGAGAAGGCCGUCAAUGAAAUCCGGGCCAUGAAGCGGGAACUCAAACAGUCGCAGAACCAAUAUGAUGCCUUGGAACUGGCCCAGGCUGCACUCCAGCAAAAGCUGGAGAGGCGGCAGCACGAGGAUGGAGCUCAGCUUCAGCUUAUGGCAGCCAGGAUUCAGGAUCUGACGCUGAAGUACAGCAGUUCUGAGCGUCAGGUGCGGGCUCUCAAGCAGAAGUUGGCCAAAUCCGAGAGGCGAAGAUCGUUGUCCUUGAAAGGAAAAGAGCAACUGGAACUGAAACUAAGCGAGUUACAAAGGGAGACGGUGGAGCAGAGGAAGGAGGGCACUCCUCCUACGGAAUCCUCCAGCAGCGAGUCCAGUAGUCAGUCCCCGCUGAAUGCCCACCUGCUGCAGCGUCUCCACAGCCUGGAGCACGUGCUCCUGGGCAGCAAGGAGCGUUUGGAGCAGAGUCUCACCCAGCUGCAGCAGAUUAGAGCAGGCCAAAGGACACGGCGCUCUGUUUCGCCCAUGAACGACAGGAAGGAUGGCCUGAGGCAACUGGAACGGGCUUUGGCCGAGACCUGUGUGAUGGUCAGCGAGCAGAUGGAGCUCACCUGCCUGCAGGAUGCCUGCCACAAGUGCUGCGAUCUCCGCCAGCGGGUGGAGAAGCUUUCCGCCCUGCAACAGCAAACGGAGACGGAUCUGCAGAGGAGCGAGCAGUUGCUGGAGCAGCGGGAAUCCGAUCUCGCCCAGGCCCUGGAGAAGUGCGCCAGCCAGGAGCAGGAGCAGGAGCUGCUCCUGCAGCAGCGCCAGGAGCUGAGUGAGGAGCUGGGCAGGCAGCAGGAGCGCUGCCGGCGGCUGGAGAAGCGACUGGAGCUCCUGGAGCGGGAACAUGGCAAGCAGCUGGAGUGCCUGAGGGAGGUCUACCACACCGAGCACGCCAACGCAGCCGACGAGCAGAGCUUCCGGAAGCGCUACCAAACCGAGAUUGAACAGCUGAGGACCCUCUGCGAGAAGGGAUUGAGUGCCAUGGAGACUUCGCAUAGGCGGCUAACUUGCGACCUGGAGCAGAAGCACAAGAUGGAGAUCGAGCGCCUGCUGGCCGAGAAGGAAACCGCCCUGGCCGAGGAAACUCAGGCUACUCUGGCAGCUUUGGAUGCGAUGAGAAAGGCACACCAGAGUGAGGUUCAGCGGGAGGUGGCGCGAUUUAAGCAGGAGUUCUUGCGACAGGUCCAAAGAGGCGAGCAAAUGCGGGGUGAUGGAGCCAAACUGAAGGAGGAGGAUCUCGGAGAGCUUCGUAUGGAAAUUCUGUCCUUUUCCGAGAAGUACUCCAUCAAGUGCGUGGAAAACGCAGCUUUGGAGGAGAAACUGCAUAUGGCCAACAGCAAGCUCAGGCACUUCCAGCAGAUGCAGCAACUGGAGCUGAGAAACAAGCAAUUUCGCGCCCACUUGGCCUCCGAUGAUCCAUCAAAUGAUGUUCACUUCGUGCAGGGCCUGACCACCGACGCUCGAGAGGGUGCUGAUUGUGAAGAUAGCGAGCCUGCACCACAAAUUAUGGGUGCCACAGCAACAAGAACCACUGCCACAAGAACCACUGCCACAGCAACCACUUCAGCGGCCUCGAGCGACACUGAGUCCAAUCCCGAAUCCGAAUCCGAUAGAGAAACCGCCGAUACAGAUUCAUCGCGAGCGCCAGCCGAGAAAAUGGAGCAAAGUCUCUUCGUGAUACCCUCCCAUAUGCUAAACUGUUCCCCCGUGUCUGCCGCAAACGCUUCUGAUAAGAGUGAGAGAUCCCUACUCUAUCGAGAUCUCGAUGGGCCCGAGGAUGGUUACGAGCCAUGCUACAGGCCCUUCGAUAUAUUCGCCAUCUAUCAGAAUCGUUUGAGCUUCCAAGGUCUGAAGGGCAGCUCCACGUUUGGCAAGAGUUUGAGAAAAUCCGCUGCUCAGACAUCACCAGCAUCAUCAGAACUAACAACAACAGCACCAACAACCGAUCCAAAUAAGCCCAGUCACAAGCAAAUGUUCAAAACGGCUGCCGUCAUUAACAUUCAGCAACAGGAACUCCAGGAAGAAAAAGCACAAUGAACAAAUCGAAAAAAGAAAUGCAAUAACCAAGAGCAAGCAAACAACAAACAGAACCAGUGGAACAACCAAAGAAUAAUUAGUGCUAAUAAUAACUAAAUAAUUAUAAUUAUUUAAAAUAUAUUAAUUAAACCAAGCAACCAAAUGCAAGACAAAAUCGAACGGCACAACAUCCCAAGAUGUAUGUACAUAAAACGAAUAACAUUUCUCUAACAGAGCGCAAAACUGGUUGAAGAUCGUAAAGAUCCUAAAGAUGAUGAUGAUGAUGUUGGUGAUGUAGCAGACGAGUGAAAUACAUACAUGAGGAGCUUCAGAUUUCACGUGGAGUUGAGCUAACAACGACUGUUCACCCCCCUCCAACGCAAAAAGUGGAGGGGACGUCGAGCAAUGGAAAACUAACCCCCAUCAAAAUAACAGCAGCAGCAGCCACUGCGUCAUCAACAGCUACAAGAAACAACAACAAUUUUGGGCCAAAUUUAUGUAUUUAUCAUCUAUUCUAUCAUUGUAUCUGUAUCUGUAUGUUAUUCUACUGUACGUUUAUCCAAUUCUCUAUGUCCACAAAAUGUGUCAUUUAUUUAUGUUUAUGUAGUUCAUAGGUCACCUUUGGAGCAGAGCCUUCAAGCUCACUCGCCUCCCUUUGUUUCGUUUGUAUUAAAUAUAUCGAAAUUUUUUUCAGCUUACAUACAUGUAAAUGCAUUAUACAUAAAGAAAAUACAAACAAUAAAUCAUCUAAUUUUACUUUUGUUUUGUUAA